AUGGAUGACAUCGACAAGCGUUACCCUAUGGCUACGGUCAUUCCAGUGCUUUCGUUCCUCUCAAUCGCCGUCUGCAUCACGCCGCUUAUUCUGCAUGCAAAGAACCGCAAUCUACCCGCCACGAGUCUCAUUUGUUGGACUAUUCUGCUGAAUCUGUUCAACAUCAUCAAUGCCUUUCUCUGGCCCACAGACAAUGUAGGCUCGUGGUGGGAUGGGACUGGCCUUUGUGAUGUCGAAGUCAAACUCAUGGUCGGCAGCUAUGUCGCUUUCCCUGGUGCCCUGGUUGGCAUCUUCCGUGGUUUGGCAAUCGUCCUUGAUACUGCAACUGCCACGCUAGUUCCUAGCAAGGCCCAACGCUGGCGUAAACGGGCCAUGGAGCUGCUCUUUUGUGUGGUUGUCCCAGUUAUUGCAAUGAUUACUCACAUUGUGUGGCAGGAGAGUCGGUACUUGCUCUUCGCGAUUUCGGGCUGUGUAAACAACUUCGACUACAGCUGGGUGACAUUCGUGCUGGCAUACAUGUGGCCGCCCAUUAUCUGCUUGAUCGCCGCAUACUACUGCUGCCUGGUAAUCAUUCGCAUGCGCAAGUACCGCAGUGAUUUCAGUCUCAUCCUGCGUUCCGCCAACAGCCGAAUGAACAAGUCCGGCUUCCUGCGACUGUUCUUCCUUGCUUUCACCAUGCUCGUGGCUAUCUUGCCCAGCGAGGGGUAUGUAGUCUACUACAACUUGAAACUCUCUUUCCCCUGGCACCCAUACUCAUGGAGCCGAAACCAUGGACCGGAGUGGUACCAAAUUACCAAGUAUCCGACCCAGGGACAAGUCUUUUUCGACCGCUGGACCCCAAUUGCCGCUGGCUUCAUGCUUUUUAUCUUCUUCGGCUUCGGUCGUGAUGCCACGCGUAUUUACCGCAUGUUCCUCUGGCGCUCUGGCUUGGGAUACUGCUUCCCCGUUCUUGCUCGUCCAACCGACUCGCAAGCUACCGAAAGCUCGCACUCAACCACUCUGGUUGGGUCUACUAUCAGUCGAGCCAAGCUUCUGUUUAGUCGGCGCAAGGGUUCUGCUUCACAUACCGGAAACAAUAACUCUCUAUCCUCCCACCCCGACAUCUACAGCCAACUCGAAAAGGGCUCUCGCUCCCGAUCCCGCUCACAGCAUAGCCGCGGCCGCGACAUUCCCAAGCGCCGAUGGUUCCGUAUGCCAUGGUCUCGCUCCAAGAACGGAGGCCGCCACAAUGAGGACACUCUGUUGGAUGACCUGUCCGGUCCCUCGCAAACGGUCUGCACUACUGCGUGGGCGGGCGCUAGCCAGAGCAGAGCUAGCAGUGAGAUUGAUGUCCCUGCUUCAUCUGGGAGCAAGGAAGGUAUUAAGGUCAAGCAGGUUAUUAGCCAGCAGAGUCAGGUGGAGGUUUAA